ACGUUCCCUUGGCGUGUUCGGCGAUGAUGAGGCAAAGCGCAUUGUCGUGCAGUGAGCGCACUUCGCUGUUCCUUUAGAAUAGACUGACUACGCACUGAAGGAGCUCCUCUUGCCUAGGAGCCUUUCAGAUAUAAAGCAAAUUGCGAAAAUUAUCUUGUGUCUUGUGUGGGAGAACAGUGAUACGACGGAGAACCAUAAGAAUCAUUUUUGGGGCACGCUAUUUAGCAAUGGAUGAAAAGCAUUGCCAGCGCUGGUAGAAGAUGAAGAGAUGAGCAACUGGCUUGUAGCAGAUAAAGUGACUGAACCAUAAUACAGUAGCUAUGUUGACUUAUCUUUUGUGUGAAACAUACAUUUGUUUUAUGUAUUGCACAGUCUGACAACGUUUUUGGGGCAUGGGACCUUAUUUUAAUUUUCGUUAUUAGACCAUUUUGAUGCACGACCAUUUGAACUCCUGUAGUUACAGCAGUGGAGCUGACAGUAAAUGAGAGACCGUCACGAUGCCCCCGGGGGAGUAUGGGAUGCUGGGCGAGUGGGAGAAGGAGGGGGACCAUGACAUCAUGAUGGACUUCCUGCUGCCCACCGGGAUCUUCCUGAAAUUCCCUGUGUCUCGCAAUGACACCAUCGGGGCCAUCAAAAAAAUGGUGUGGAGGAACGCUAGCAGCGAGCCCCUGUAUGGAGCGCUGAGCGACGCGGACGCUUACGUGUUCACCUGCAUCAACUCGACGGCAGAGCGUGAGGAGCUAGAAGACGAGACCCGUCGUCUGUGUGAUGUCCGGCUCUUCAUGUCUGUCCUGAGGCUGGUGGCCCGGGAGGGUGACCGUGUGGAGAAGCUCACCAACACCCAGAUCAGCCUGCUGAUUGGCAAAGGUCUGCACGAAUUUGACUCCCAGAAGAACCAUGAAGUGAAUGAGUUCCGGGUAAAGAUGCGGUCCUUCUGUGAAGAGAAGGCCCAGGACCGCCAGCGGUUGCCAUGGUACCAGUGGAUGGAGUACAGCUUCUCGUGUGAUCUAGAGCCAUGUGUUUCCCUGGCAGAGCCUGGGGGCAUCAAGACAAAAGGCACUAAGAAGAUCUUUGUCAAUGUCAAGUUUGAGGCCAGCGAUGAAAGCUUUAUGCUUCAGCAGGAGCCCCAGGACCUGCCGGUGAUCUUAAUGCGGAGUGCCCUAAAGAAGAAGGCCACUGUGUUUCGCUCAGUGCGACAGGAGAAGCCAGAGGACUACACUUUACAGGUCAAUGGGAGAUGGGAAUUCAUAUACGGGAAAUACCCCCUGUGCCAGUUCAAAUACAUCUUCUCCUGUUUGAGAGGGGGUCAAACCCCCCACCUGACCAUGGUUCAUCACUCCACCGUUGUCAAAUACCAGGAGGAGCAGGGCUGCCUGGGCAGCCAGCUGUCCAAGAGUCGCUCCUUGUCUAAGCCCCCCCCUCUACCCGUGAAGAAGCAGAACACGUCGUCUUUGUGGUCCAUUGAGGAGCCUUUCCACAUUCACUUGCUACAAGGCUACCGAGUCAACGCAGAUGAAGGAAUGAAGCUGGUCGUCCAGGCAGGUCUGUUCCACGGCAGUGAGCUGCUGUGUAAGGUAGUGACCAGCGGUGAGGUUAACGUGUGCUCCGAGCCCUUGUGGGACCAGAAGCUGGUGUUUGACAUCAGCGUGAGCGACCUGCCUCGUAUGAGCCGCCUGUGCUUUGCUCUCUACGCCGUCAUCGAGAAGGCCAAGAAGCCCCGCUCCACCAAAAAGAAGAACAAGAAAGCUGACUGUCCACUAGCCUGGGUAAACACCAUGGUGUUUGACUAUAAGGAUCAGCUGAAGACUGGGGAGUUCCUUCUCUCCACCUGGCCUUCAGUCCCUGAUGAUAAAGGCGAUCUCUUGAAUCCAAUGGGCACAGUGGAGAAAAAUCCCAACGUUGAUAGUGCAGCAGGACUCCUCAUUCACUUCCCCAAUAUCCGACCUCACCCUCUCUACUACCCCCAUUUCGACAAGUUGAGGGACCUAGAAAAAAAUGGAGGGAAGGUUAUAGCCACCAAGGUAGAGCAUAUGAAGCUAAAGGAAAUAGUAGACAAUAAGAACUACACAGAGUUCUUUGAGGAUGAGAAAGAGCUUCUGUGGAAGCUACGCGGUGUGGUGCGGGAGCGCUACCCAGAGAGUCUGUCCAAACUUCUCCUCAUCACAAAAUGGAAUAAGCACGAGGAUGUAGCACAGAUGGUGACAUUUCUGCAGAAAUGGCCGGACCUCCCUGCUCUCCAUGCCCUGGAGCUGCUGGACUACAGUUUCCCUGACCCAAUGGUCCGCUCCUUCACCAUCAGAUGCCUAAGGAAGCUGAGAGAUGAGGAGCUGCUCCAGUACUUGCUGCAGUUGGUUCAGGUUCUGAAGUAUGAGUCUUACCUGGACUGUGACCUUGCUACUUUUCUACUAGAGAGAGCCCUCUCCAACAAGAGGAUAGGUCACUUCCUCUUCUGGCAUCUCAGGUCAGAAAUGCACGUAUCCUCGGUCAGUCUGCGUUUCGGCCUGAUUCUAGAGGCUUACUGCAGGGGCAACAUCUAUCACAUCAAGAGCUUAUGUAAACAGAACGAGGCUCUGAACAAGAUGAAGGCUCUGAAUGACUUUGUGAAGUCGGGCUGGCAGAAGACAUCGCGCCAGCAGAUGACAGACGACAUGAAGCUGUGUAUCAAACAGGAGGCCUACAUGGAGGCCCUCUCAUGUCUGCUGUCCCCGCUCAAUCCCAGCAUCAUACUCUCAGAGAUUUGUGCGGACAGAUGCAAGUUCAUGGACUCCAAGAUGAAGCCCCUGUGGCUCAUGUACAAGAACAAAUGGGUGCAGGGGGACGCUGUGGGCAUAAUCUUCAAGAACGGAGAUGAUCUCCGACAAGACAUGUUGACCCUCCAAAUGAUCCAGCUGAUGGAAAUCCUUUGGAAGAAAGAGGGACUAGAUCUAAGGAUGAUCCCCUACGGCUGCCUCUCCACCGGGAACAAGACAGGCCUCAUUGAGGUGGUGAAAAACUCAGACACCAUCGCCAACAUCCAGCGCAACAACAGCAACAGUGCCGCGACUGCUGCCUUCAACAAAGACGCCCUGCUCAACUGGCUUAAAUCCAAGAACCCAGACAGGGAUAAACUUGACCAGGCCAUUGAGGAGUUCACACUAUCAUGUGCUGGUUACUGUGUAGCCACUUACGUGUUGGGUAUUGGAGAUCGCCACAACGACAAUAUCAUGAUCAAGGAGACUGGGCAGCUGUUCCACAUUGACUUUGGGCACUUUCUGGGAAACUUCAAGAGCAAAUUUGGGAUCAACAGGGAACGUGUGCCUUUUAUUCUGACGUACGACUUUGUCCACGUCAUCCAACAAGGGAGGACCAACAACAGUGAGAAGUUUGAAAGGUUCAGAGAGUGCUGUGAGCAGGCCUAUAAGAUCUUGUGUCGCAAUGGGACACUGUUUGUUAACCUGUUUGCCAUGAUGAAAGCAGCCGGACUGCCUGAGCUGAGCUCCUUCAAGGACAUCCAGUACCUAAAGGACUCAUUGGCUUUGGGGAAAUCGGAGGAAGAAGCGCUGAAGAAUUUCAAAGUCAAAUUUAACGAAGCUCUGAGAGAGAGCUGGAAGACCAAGGUGAACUGGAUGAUGCACUCUCUUGCCAAAGAUAGCAGACUUUGAAUAAAAGCCACUGCCCGGAGAAGCGUUCUGAACCUUAAUACCCCAGAUUUGUCGAUCUGAUCAGGGUUUUCAGCUUAUGGAGCCAAAAGGAAUGAAAAUGCACUGAAGUCUUUGUCGUAAAAUAAGAGCAUUUGGCAAUGUUUUACAGAUGUUUACACCUGACUGGCAGUCAUGGUUAUGGUUUAUGAACUGAUGCAAAACUGCAAGUACUUGUUGAAAGUCACAUUUCUUUGGGAGUAAUUGCCAUUGUUACUAUAUCAUACAGACGGUACAGGGUUGAAAAUAAUUUGCACGUGGGCACGCCCCGUGUCAACCAGACCUAUCACCACAUGAAUAGCGCCCUGAAAAUGACAAUCUCAAACCAAAUUGGGAGCAAACAACAUAAUAAUGAUGCCUAAUGAAACAAUGUAUGAACAUUUUGUCAGGAGAGUAGUAAGAGAGAGGAGUUCAAUGAUAUGUGAAAUACUGUAAUAGGAGAUUGAUUAAAUGACUUGAUAAGUUGUUUGCAUUGAUUAUAGUUAAAUGACCUGGCCAGAGAGAGGUACGUAGGACCUCAAGUGUUUCAUGCGGUUUACAUUCAUUCUUUGAUUUUUUAUUUUUUUUAACUUUUGAAUUAGAUUAUUUUCAUUGAAAUAUACUGUAUCCUCUGUUGUACAGUGAGCUCCAAAAGUAUUGAUACGUUGUUUUGCUGUUUUGGCUCUGUACUCCAGCACUUUGGAUUUGAAAUUACACAAUGACUACGAGGUUAAAGCACAUACUGUCAGCUUUAAAUUGGGGGUAUCUUCAUCCAUAUCGGGUGAACCAUUUAGAAAUUACAGCACUUUUGUAAAUAGUCCCCCCAUUUUAGGGGACCCAAAAGUAUUGGGACAAAUUAACUUAUUUUAUUUUUAUUUUUUUUAUUUCACCAUUAUUUAACCAGAUAGGCUAGUUGAGAACAAGUUCUCAUUUGCAACUGCGACCUGGCCAAGAUAAAGCAUAGCAGUGUGAACAGACAACACAGAGUUACACAUGGAGUAAACAAUUAACAAGUCAAUAACACAGUAGAAAAAAAAGGGGGAGUCUAUAUACAAUGUGUGCAAAAGGCAUGAGGAGGUAGGCGAAUAAUUCCAAUUUUGCAGAUUAUGUGUAUUUAAGUAAUAAAAAGUCAAGUAGUCGGUCCCAUAUUCGUAGCGCGCUGUGACUACAAAUUGGUUGGAUGCAUUUGCUGUUUGUUUUUGUUGUGUUUCAGAUUAUUUUGUGGCCCUAUUAGAAAUAAAUGGGGAAUAAUGUAUUUGGGGGUAUGAUACUUGUGCAUCUGUAAAUUUCUCACUCAUCAUUAUUCAUGAUUCAUUCAGAAUUAUCCGUAAUCAUGGUAGCAAUCCACAUUAAUGUAAAAGUGUUUAGAAACAUAUUCUAUUCUUAUUUACAAUAAAAGUGAGUCCAAAAUUACUCUACAUUAUUUACCAUCAAUUUCUAUUGGGCACAAAAUAAUCUGAAACACAACCAAAACAAACAGCAAGGGCCUCCAACAAAUGUGCAGAGUCACAAGCUUGAUGUUGUCAUUGUGUGCUAUGAAUAUGGGACCAAAUACUUAACUUUUUACUACUUAAAUACACAAGUGAAUUUGUCCCAAUACUUUUUGUCCCUUACAAUUGGGGGACUAUGUACAGAAAGUACUGUAAUUUCUAAACAGUUAACCCAAUAUGGAUGAAAAUACCCUCAAAUUAAAGCUGACAGUCUGCACUUUAACCGCAUAGUCAUUGUAUCAUUUCAAAUCUAAAAUGCUGGAGGACAGUUUGCACUUUAACCUCAUAGUCAUUGUAUAAUUUCAAAUCCAAAGUGCUGGAUGACAGUCUGCACUUUAACCAUAUAGUCAUUGUAUAAUUUCAAAUCCAAAGUGCUGGAGUACAGAGACAAAAACUAAACAAUUUGUCACUGUCCCAAUACUUUCGGUGCUCACUGUAUUUAAAAUCUUGAAAGUGUGUUAAAGGUUUUUGUACAAAGAAUCAAGCUUUCUUUGUAAAGGUACUUUUUAGGUUUUGCCAUAAUGUUAUGGAAUACGGUCUUAUUUGUCUAUUGUGUAUGGAUGAGAUUUUGCCAUCUGGGAUGUUUUAUACCUUGUGGAAUGAGAUACCCCAGUCUGUUGUUUGUAACAGAGAUGGAGUCAAGAGUAUAUUUCCUUCAACAACAUUGCAUUCCAGCCCUGCUCCUACAUAAGUAAAGCAAGACGUUUUGCCAGCCAGGAUUUUGAGUCACUGCUACUUGGCCAUUUAACUCAGGAGUUGAUAUUCAUACGGUCUUGUCAGAGACUAUUACACGAGACCCAGACCCAUACACUGGUGCCAGGACUCAAGCCCAAAACUUGGACAGUGAUCCCCAGACCAAGUGAUCUUGUGUGGUUCUUCAGACCAAGACCACAAGUUUGAGUCUAUAAUAAAUUUGUAAUAAGCCAUAGCUCUUUAUCUCAAGUGUCGCUCUUCAAUGUCUCUAUGUGGUGUCAUUAUACAUAAGCUACCUGCUACAUGCUGUAAAAUGAUGUAGGGUCGAUUCUCAUGAUAGGUCAGUUGAAUUGAUCUACAAUACCUUGAAGAAAAUGCAGGGACAGUUCUGUAUGUUUUAGCUUUCAGAUAUGCACUGUAUGUUGUCCCCAGUGGCAGUCCUGACCUAUGUGCCUAUCUAUGCCUUUUACUUUCAUGCUUGAGAAAAUUAUUCUAGAAAAUAAUACUGUACAUACCUAGCGGGCUUUAUCUCUCUCAUCUCAAAAUGCUGUGUCAAUGCUGUGUAGAGUGACUGAUGUUCUGUGAAAACAAACCAUGAUAUUACUGUAUUAAUGUACAUUUGUCGUUGAAUUAUGCAUUCUGUAUCUAUUCUCUCCUGAUCAGAGUAUACUGUGGACAGAAUCCACUAAUGAUUGUUUUAACCAUAUGAUGAUGUGUGUGUGUGUGGGGAGGAAGCGUUGCUAUUGAACACUGGUACCUAUAUUUAAUUGAUUUAUCUUGUAUGUCCAUUAUUGUCUGUUGUUGCAGAUUGCAAACAAGGGUCAAUUGUAAAACAUAGGGCAUUGCUGUGUGGAACACUGAAAAGCAUGAAUUGAAGAAGAGCUUUUAUAUGCAUUCCAUUGCUUAACCUGCUCAGUAAUAUCUGCACUGAAUGUUAAUAUAGCCAGGUAAAUUGAUAUUUUAAUAAAUUACUAUGUUUUAGUA